AUACUGUUCUACUGCUCCGCGAUGUUGUCACUCAACAUUGGACUAAUACGUGAAAUUCAUUCAAGUAUUUUUUAAUGGUGAUUUACUUUAAUUUAAAAAAAUGACAACUCCUCAAGUAAUGCGUAUUAUGGCUUUAUCCAUUAGCACUGCAACGCGCGCAGGUUCAAUUAUUCGAGAUGUGAUGCAGCGUGGAAAUCUAGGCAUCGUGGAAAAAGAGGGUAAGGAUGACUUACAAACCGAGGCUGAUCGAUCGGCACAACAAUGCAUCAUUGCAUCGCUUUCACGGAAAUUCCCAAAUGUUAAAAUUAUCGGUGAAGAGGGAGACUCCAACUUAGAUGUCAAGGCCGAGUGGCUCGUUACAGAGGAAAAUGAGGAGUUCUUGUCGCACAAGUGCCCUGAGGAAUGGCAUGAAAUUAAAGAGGAAGAUUUUGUAAUAUGGGUAGACCCCUUAGAUGGCACAUCCGAGUACACACAGGGCUUAUUAGAACAUGUGACUGUGCUUAUUGGUGUGGCUAUUAAAGAUCGUGCGGUCGGGGGUGUCAUUUAUCAACCCUACUAUAAACAAUCGAAUGGUAAUAUAGGCCGAGCAAUUUGGGGUCUUAAAGGUCUAGGCACGGGUGGAUUCGAGCCAAAGAGUCCACCAAAAGACCAGAUGAUUAUUACAACAACACGUUCACAUUUAACUCCUUUAGUGCAACAAGCACUCGAUGCGCUCUCACCAACAGAAGUGAUCAAAGUUGGUGGUGCCGGGUAUAAAGUGCUGCAGUUGUUAGAAGGCAAGGCUCAUGCUUAUGUUUUUGCUAGUCCCGGUUGUAAACGAUGGGACACUUGUGCACCUGAAGCAGUACUUGAGGCAUACGGUGGCACUCUCACCGACCUAGCCGGCAAGCACUAUUCAUAUGCAGCUGAUGUAGAUUAUAAAAAUCGAUUAGGUGUCUUAGCUACCAUUCCCGAACUUUCUCAUUCCAAUAUCGCUGGUCAAGUCCCAAAGGAAAUUUUAGAUGUUUUACGCUCAUAAGCGAUUAUGAGUUAUAACGAACGACAUAUUAUAAUAUGGGCAAUUCUAUUGUGGCUGUAAAAAAACAUGGAUUUAGCUUACAAACGUAAUCAAAUUAUUUGGUGCAUUUGUUGAAAUUCGCGCAUGAUCUUAGUUAUUAAACAGGCUAUUUGCGACUCAG